UGUUCCUAUCGACUGAUGAGACCGAAAUCUUGAGGAUGACGUCAAAUGGACCUCUUCCCUUUCCCAGGGCAUUCUUUCAUCUUUUAUUUAUUAUAUCAGAGUUACACCAUGUCGUGCAACAUCAUUGUUUCUUCAUAUCGCUGGCUCAUUUAAAAACAAUAUGGCCGGCUUUGAUCUUUUAAAUUUCUUCUAAAUUUUCUUGAAUUUUUUAACCGUUUUCAGUUUGUUGAGGCUUGAAUUUUUCAACAUUCAAAUAUGCCAAAGAAGAAAACAGGUGCUCGUAAAAAGGCCGAGAAGCAGCGCGAGAGGCAAAAAGAAAUCAAGAGCUCAAAGCAAUUUAGAAAUAUCGUUGAGUUACCUUUCAAUCUUCAAAUGGUUGGAAUGUGACAAAUGCAAGAUGAGACAAAAAAAUAGAGCAUUCUGUUACUUUUGCUCUGCCAUUCAGAAAAUCCCAAUUUGUGCAGAAUGUGGUAAAUCAAAAUGUAUGUCAAAAACUGGGGAUUGUAUAGUGAAACAUCCCAACUCACAUGCAGUGGGCAUGGCUAUGAUAGGUGCAGUUUGUGAUUUCUGUGAGGCAUUUGUAUGUCAUUCAAAGAAAUGUUUGACAACUCAUGCAUGUCAAUGCAUUGCUCGAGAUGGUGACUGUAUUGAAUGCCAACGUGGUAUAUGGGAUCAUGGUGGUCGCCUGUUUAGAUGUUCAUUUUGCAACAAUUUUCUGUGUGAAGAUGACCAGUUUGAGCAUCAAGCUAAAUGUCAGGUGUUGGAAUCUGAAAAUUUAAAAUGUUGUUCUUGCAACAAGUUGGGACAAUAUUCAUGUCUUCGUUGUAAGCUGUGUUUCUGUGAUGAUCACGUGCGUCGUAAAGGAGUGAAAUACAAACGUGGCGAAGAUAUACCUUGUCCGAAGUGUGGUUACGUUACUAGCGAAACGAAAGAUCUCAGCAUGUCGACUCGGCGCUUGGACUAUGGUCGACAUACAGUUGACAUAGAUGAUGAUGACGAUAAUGGUGUCUUCUCGUCUGGUUACUAUGGUAAUGGUGCUAGUUCUUAUCUCUAUGACGACGGCGACGACGAUGAACAAUAUGAAAAUGAAGAGGCAGAUAUAGAGGAGGUAAAGGACGAUGACAGUCCAUUUAAAACUGACCUCUUGACUGCUGCCAUCAAUAAAGCCGAAGCCGAGAACGGCAGACGAUAAAAGUUUUAAAAUUGAAAACUUUAAUGUUGCAGUUGACGCUUUUGAGAGCACGAUCAUUUCAGUUAGUUGUUUUUUUAAUUUUAAAAACGAUUGAUUUGGUACGGUCUGUGCAAUGAAGCGUCGCUCGAAACUAAGGAGAAUCACGGAAACAUUGUCGUCAUUGUUUCCAUUAGUAAAUCUAUUGGUAAUAUAAAUGUCCUCUGGUAAUUGAUAUGGACAAAUCAAUGUUCUCCUUCUAGUAUCGCAUACAUGUAACGGCAAUGGUUCAACGAGAUAUGCGGUAUUUCUGAAAUAGAAUUCAUUUCAGUUCAA